AUUUGGCCUUGUUUUAAAAUUGGGCAUUCAUGGACUGCCAUACCAAGGUAGGCAUCACCAAAGACAAUUGAUUUUUGAUAAUCAAAGUUGGCAAAACUAAAGUUGGAGAUUAUGGUCGCCAAUUUCUUUUUCAACCAGAUUUUUAAAUAUUGGGUGGAGCGUAUAGCAUAAUUUUCAAAUUAACGGCAGCCACAAAGAACAUCUGGCUGUGUUUUAUUAGGGUUUUCAUUUCAAUUAAAAAGGGCAGAAAAAAAUGGCGGCAAUUAGAAGCAGAACGAGCAUGAUCUUGAUAGAAAUGCUUCAUCCUCGACCAUUAUCCUCCUCUGUUUUCAUAUCACCUAUCCGUUUCACUUUACCUGGCUUAGACCGCUUAACUCUCCAACCUUCACUUAGCUUUGGCGGUGUUCGCUGCGCCGCCUCUAAUUCCGGCUCCGACAAGAAGGUAUCGGCUCGGCUUUCUCAAGUUCAGCAAUUAUUGCAAGAAGCGGAGGAGCGAGCUAGCUCCGCUGGCAGUGAACCCAUCCCUAAAAUUACGCUUGAUCAUGUGACUGUUAGUUUCGCUCGAAGUGGUGGGCCUGGAGGUCAAAAUGUGAACAAAGUGAACACGAAGGUGGACAUGCGUUUCAAUGUUAAAAAUGCAUACUGGCUGAGUGACAGGGUCAGACAGAGGAUUAUGCAAAUGGAGAAAAAUCGAAUAAACAAGGAUGGUGAAAUUGUGAUUUCGUCAACAAAGACUAGAACACAGAAGGGUAACGUCGAAGAUGCUUUGGGGAAAUUACAGGCAAUCAUUGAUGAGGCAUCUUAUGUCCCGCCACCUCCUUCUGAAGAGCAGAAGAAGAAAAUUGCUAAGUUGGCGGCAAUCGGGGAGCAGAAACGCCUUAAAAGUAAAAAGGCCCUUUCAGAUAAGAAGGCAUUUAGGAGAAGUCGGGACAGUUGGGACUAAUUCAGUGUACAUUAAAGUUUCAAUUUUUUCAAUUAUUAUAUUCGUAGUGCCCUACAAUUCGGAAGGCCUCGUGAGGGUAGAGACUACUGGAUAGAAAGUCAGCAGUGCUUUUGGCCAUGUUUCUAGUCAAAAUCAUGAGAUGUCUUGAUGUAAAAUUGUAACACUAUACUUUCAUUAAGCAUGCACUCGGUGUAUUGUAUUGGAUUGGACCAAUUUCUUAGGAUUACAUUGAUUUGUACAUAAUUGAAUAAAUAAAAUUGUUCUUUGGAUAGGACUAAUUGGACAAA